ACAGCCUCCGUCCACACCUGAGCUCAGACCGGGACUCGAAGCGCAGAAGGAAACAUGGACCAGAACAAAGCUCCAACCAACACCGCCGGUGCUGCCACCGUCCUGGAGUUUAAAGAAGACCGAGCUCUAACCGAGAUGAUGCGUCUUCGCGUGUCGUCAUUGCAGAGGUCCGGGCAGAAGCGUCAGGACGGCGAGCGCCUCCUCCUCCCCCACGAGGCUGUCUACCGCCUGGACUUCGCCUGCCAGGACCUGGCCUUCUGCCGCUGGUUCUUCUCGCUGACCGGUCACGGCCGAGUGACCAUCACCGGCAUCUCCCAGCACUGGACGCCGGACCUCACCCACCUGAUGACGCGCCAGCUGCUGGAGCCCAUCGGGACGUUCUGGCGCAACGCCGGCGACCCCGAGGACUCGCCACUGAAAUGCCUGGAGGCCGACAUGCAGGAGUUCGGCGAGAGGAUCGCUGAGCUGGCCAAGGUCAGGAAGGUCAUGUACUUCCUGUUUGCCUUUAAAGAAGGCGCUCAGGCCGCCAAUCUGAGCUGUUCAGUAGAGUUCACAGCAGAGAAAUGACCUUUGAACUCUCCAUUUGAAUCCUGGAUGGGAACGCCAUGGUUCCUCUAACACCUUUACACCUCCAACUCCUCGUCAGUUAAUGUUCUGCAUCUCAGAGGCCGAGCUGCACCAACAACCACCGACACCUUCUGCUGUUUGGUCAUGAACUGUUAGCGUACGUUAUCAAUGAACGAAACAAGAUGGAGGUCGAUGGAAGCCCACGAGUUGAUGCCAUUGGUUGAAGUAGAUCCUAAAAAACCCCUGGUUGUGGUGAAUCUGGUGGUGUUCGAGGACGACGCCCAGUUCAGACCAAAGAUUCAUGAUGAUACAACUUGCAAAAACGUCUGAUGUAAUGGCAUAAGUCGGUGUAUCGUUUCCAUAGCAACAUCUCAACUUGUCCUCUAUUGACUUUUUUAGAUUUUCCAUAAUGAUAUAAUAUCAAACAGUAAAAGAAUUACCAAUGAAAAUAAAUAAUAAGCACCAAAAAACAAUAAUUAACCCAAACUAGAACAUUACAUUCCAAUGUUUAAACAAAGACGUAGGUCGACCAUUGUUACCCUGAUCUAAACAUGGCCGCCAAGUCAUACCAUCAAAUUCCAUUAGCCACGCCUUGAAGUAACAAACAGUUUCUGAUUUCCAAAGGUUUAAUUUUAUUUGGAUAAAGUGAACUGUUUACUACAAAUGGAAGCAACAACAGCCAUCCAGCCAUUUAGACGACAGGGGACAUGGACGAUGAAGACCGGAUCAACCGGGAGACCCGCCGCCAUGACCUUCACUGUCAGCUGGCGAAGGUCUGAGUGGGUUCAUUAGCAUGUGAAUCUUUGGUCUGAACUGGACUUUAGACUCAGGAGACCAGAGUUUAAGUCCUUUCUCAGCUGAAUUCAACUGUAUAAACCUCUAACCCUGGACUACCCUGUUAAUCAGAGGUCAAAGGUUACGCUGUUACGGUAAAACGUGACCAAGCAUCAGUUUGUGUCGUGUCUGGACUGUGAUAGAGUCGUUAUCAAACAUAAUUUAACCUCCUUCAGUUCAGUUUUCAUUCUGAACACAGAUCAAAGCUUCAGUGUGUGUCAUGUUUAGUGACACCCAGUGGUGAAGAUGCAGAUUACACCAACUGAUCCUUAUUAGAACCAGGGUUUUUUAGUUCAUUUAAUCCGAACUCUGACCAUGAUGAACCUUAACAUUGAAUGAAGACGUUGGUGUUGGUGCAGCUCCGUCGACCCGUACCCGUCCUGUGGUUUUAUUCUGGAUCUAAUUUGGUUCCUGAUCGUCUUAUUAUACGACAUUUUAUCAAAAGUCGACAAUGUCCCAAAUGAGCUUUAAGAGUAAUUUUCGAUAAAGUGCAUAUAUUUACAUUUAAUAGAACAUUUUAAACCUGGAUUCAUUAAGUAUGAACACACUCUAUUUAAUGUAACAUGGAUGGAAUCGUCCCAUGUUUCCAUCAUCAAAAUAAAUCAAUAAAGUAAAAAUAUUUACACACAAAGAAACAAUAAGUUUACCAAAACUAUGAGAAUGUGUGCACCGACCUGUAGGAGGCGAUGUGGUUCUGAUCAAAUAAACCCAGUCCUGUAAAUAAAGUCUGACUUUACCAUUUUAA